AUGUUAAGCAUACCUGUUUCUAUUCAUUUCUCAAAAGACUUAUUUGCUACUGAAAGCCUUCAAUUUUAAAAUAGAGAUAGUAGAGAUUAAUCCACUUUAAAUUAUUCCUCUCAUAUUUUUGUAGUCAUCCAACUAUCUAAAAUAGGCAUUUGUCAAUCCAUUAGUAUAAAGCAAUACUGUCCCAUUUAAUACAUUGCUUAACAUUAUAAUUAUAUGUACAAUAUAAUUAAAACCUUAUUUUCUUAGAAAUAAUUGCAAUGAUUUUUGAGUAAAAAAUUCGUCACCAAAGCUUAAAUAUUAUUACUAGAACCAAUUACUAAAACAAGUAUCAUUGACAGAAAAUUAACUAGAUCCUCAUCGUAUGUAUAUAUUGGCAAUCAGAUUUUUUUUGUGGGCUUUAUCAUGA